AUGCGCUUGGAUAGAAAGUUCCCUCAAUUCCAGCAAAACGAAAUAUUUUCGCUGUCCGAUGCUUUCCAGCGUCUCGAUGUCGACGACAAGGGCUACAUCGACGAAGCCACAGCUAUCAAAUCAACACAACAGAGCGAGAAUCAGCCGUAUGAUGUCGUCCGCCAGGCUCUGAAGGAGGUCGAACUGGACUCCUCUCGCCGUGUCGAGCUUGAAGACUACGUCGGCCUCAUUGCAAAGGUUCGAGGAUCGUCGUCCAAACCAGCGGCCUCGGGAGCCUCUCGCCUUGCUGCACAGCCAAGCGGCGGCGUUGUCUCGCAGCGCACCGGGGGCGGGCAUAGCUCCAGGGGCAGCAUCAGCGGCAAGAUUCAAGUUCAAGGCUCCAAUGCCAACAUCACUCACACCAUCAACGAGGAUGAGCGAACGGAGUUCACCCGUCACAUCAAUGCCGUGCUUGCCGGUGACCCGGAUCUAGGCUCUCGCCUACCCUUCCCUACCGAUACCUUCGAAAUGUUCGAUGAUUGUAAGGAUGGUCUGGUAUUGGCCAAGCUGAUCAACGACAGCGUUCCCGAUACCAUUGAUGAGCGUGUUCUGAAUAUCCCCGGCAAGAAAUUCAAGUCUCUCAAUGCCUUCCACAUGACCGAGAAUAACAAUAUUGUGAUUGAAUCUGCCAAGGGUAUUGGCUGCUCAGUCGUCAAUAUUGGUGCCGGCGACAUUAUCGAAGUUAGAGAGCACUUGAUUCUGGGACUAAUCUGGCAGAUUAUUCGCCGUGGUCUUCUAGGCAAGAUUGAUAUUAAACUACACCCCGAGCUGUACAGGUUGCUGGAAGAAGAUGAAACGCUGGAACAAUUCCUCCGAUUGCCUCCUGAGCAAAUCCUCCUUCGCUGGUUCAACUAUCAUCUCAAGGCUGCCAAUUGGCCCCGAAGAGUUGCCAACUUCUCGGGAGAUAUCAAGGACGGCGAGAACUAUGCUGUCCUUCUGGCGCAGAUUGGAUCCGACUAUGGUGUGACACGCGCACCUCUCCAGACACGCGACCUUAACCAGCGGGCCGAGGAGGUUCUUCAGGAGUCAGACAAGUUGGGUUGCCGCAAGUUCCUUACCCCAAAAUCUCUGGUUGCUGGAAACCCCAAGUUGAACCUCGCAUUCGUUGCCAACCUCUUCAACAACCAUCCAGCCCUAGACCCUAUUACCGAGGAGGAGAAACUGGAAGUGGAGGACUUCGACGCUGAGGGUGAGCGUGAGGCCAGAGUUUUUACUCUGUGGCUCAACAGUUUGGAUGUUCAACCAGCCGUUGUUUCCUUCUUUGAUGAUCUCAGAGAUGGUUCGGUUCUCUUACAAGCAUACGACAAGGUCAUUCAGGGAUCUGUUAACUGGCGUCAUGUAAACAAGCGCCCUGCCCACGGUGGUGAGAUCAUGAGAUUCAAGGCCGUCGAAAAUACCAACUAUGCUAUUGAGCUGGGCAAGCAGAACGGAUUCUCGCUCGUCGGCAUCCAGGGAGCAGAUAUUACCGACGGACAAAGGACACUUACCCUGGGCCUAGUGUGGCAGCUCAUGCGCAGGGAUAUCACUGUUACGCUAUCCUCUCUCGCACAGAAACUCGGCAAAAGAGAGAUCACAGAUGCAGAAAUGGUGAGGUGGGCCAACGACAUGUCUAGAAAGGGUGGCCGGAGUUCUGCCAUUCGAUCAUUCAAGGAUCCAAGCAUCGGCUCUGGUGUCUUCUUCCUUGAUGUUUUGAACGGAAUGAAGAGCAGUUAUGUUGAUUAUGAUCUCGUGACACCGGGCCAAACAGACGAGGAUGCCUAUCUCAAUGCCAAGCUCAGCAUCAGUAUCGCCCGAAAGCUCGGUGCCACCAUUUGGCUCGUCCCCGAGGACAUUUGCCAGGUUCGCAGCCGCUUGGUUACUACUUUUAUUGGUUCUCUGAUGGCUACACAUGAAAAGAUGAUUGACACCCUAAUCAACUUGAAAGCCAUGUCUCGCGGCGGAACUACACUUUACGUGACCGGCUUCAGCCACGGCACCCGCGCUCGCGACCUCGCAUACGAGUUCGAACGCUAUGGACGACUGGUCCGCUGCGACAUUCCUGCUCCUCGCUCUGCGUCUAGCAGACUCUUUGCGUUUGUGGAGUAUGAAGACAAGCGGGAUGCCGACGAUGCCUACUAUGAGAUGCAUAACAAGCGCAUCGGGCGUGAUGAUAUCCUAAAGAUCGAGUGGGCUCGCACUCCCCCCUCUGCUUCAUGGCGCUUCGAGUCCGGUCGCGAUCGUGACCGCCGCGGAGGUGGCCGAUCUCCAGGACGCCGUGGGCGAACUCCUUCCCCCAGACGGAGCACCCGCGAUUACUCUCCUCGUAAGGAUGAUCGUAGGGACCGUGACCGUGACUAUGAUCGUGAUAGCCGACGGGAUCGGGAUCGCUCACGCAGCCCUGACACUCGUGACCGUGACCGUGAUCUCAAGGAUGAUCGCGACGACCGUGACAGGCGAGAAAACGGCACCAAUGGAGAUGACCGGAAGGGAGACGCUCCGGAAAGCCCUCCUCCCGCUCAUGAGGAGUUGGACGCAGCUGAGUAA